AUAAAUAUGGCUUCUUCUUUUGGAAAAUAAAUUUUCUUAUCCAUUAAUUUGUUAGGAUCAUUUGUCUGAUUAAGAUGAGAAAGAUCAUAUGCUGUAAGCUCAAAAUACCAUUCGCAAAUAACGGUUCACAUGGAAGAGAAGAGUAUGGAAAUACCUUAACCACAAACUCAAAUGUGAAGGAGGAAUACAAGGAAGCCUUUCGGACCAAGUCUUACAUAGAAAUAUCCGACAAAGUCGAGAGCCAUCUCAUCAAAGCAACAACUCAUGACGUGGAGCAGAAUCUCUCCGCAGAUUCCAUGUCAUCCUUUCCGCCGCCAUUUCCUCCCAUCCUUCUCUCCCCAUACUCCUCACCCUCCCCCUCCGAUUUCAACCAUUUCUUCACCAACUACUUCGAGAUCACUCUAGAAGCUUCCAGAAUCUGCGAAUCCCUCCUCACAAACAUCAACCAAGCACGCAAGAAUCAUCUCAGGGUGAAAAAAGCCAUCAACAGAAUCUCCGGCGGCGGCGCCACCGACGAAUUAUACCACCUCCUCCACAAGAAUCUCGCCUUUUUUGCAGCGCAGCGAAACCCCUUCUCCGCCACGAACCCCGAGAGAUUCCUAGAUUUACGCGAAAGCCAUGCGGUCAUGUUCCAAGAGCUGACACGCACGUGCAAAAAGCUCAAGAGGCGAACUCUGACCAUCAAGCUCAUCAAGAAAUCCCUGGCUAGUCUGAUUCUGAUGGGAUUCGGUGCAUUAGUCGCAGUCGCUCUGGCGCACUGCACAGCAGGGCUGGCGGUCGCGCCAGCCCUCGCUGUGCUGGCGUUGGUGGCGAAGAAGAUGAGGCGGUUGGAGCGGAGCUGCGACGAGAAACGGCUCGAGGGCUUGGCCGCGAAGCUGGACGUCGCGGCGAGAGGGGUGUUCAUAAUGAUCAAUGACUUCGCGACGAUGAGGAUGAUUGUGAAGAGGCUUGAGGAUGAGAUUGAGCAUAGGAGAUUUGUUGCGGAUGUUUGUGUUAGGAAAGGGAGGAAGGAGACGUUGAGGGAAGUGGUGAGGGAGUUUCAAGUGCAUGAGUCUUGCUUUGUGGAACAGUUGGAGGAGUUGGAGAGACAGAUUUGUUUGUGUUUCUUGGACAUAGAUAGAUCCAAAAGGCUUCUUGUAAGAGAGAUGGUUAAGUGAUAGUUAGUGGCAAGUUGUGUUUGAAUACGGUAGUUUAUAUGAAUGUCAAUAGUUGGGCUAAAAUUAGUGUUGGAUGAAAGAUAGUAGUAUAUAUAAAU